AUGGCUGUUGCACAGAUUAUUGUGUUACUAUGUUCUGUGGUGGCUCUCAGUGCUGCAUGCUGUACUCCCGACCAAUGGGAAGGCGAAGAAGCUACCAUUGGAGGCUAUGCUGGCCGCAGACGCACUGGGCUUGUGAAGGAGUUUAUUGCUGUUGCUUAUGAUGCUGUCAACAAACGCACAGCUGCAUUUUUGGACUACAGACGUGGAGAGCACUCAAACAAAUUCAGGAUUGUUACCAGAUACGAAAAUGAUAAAGGCAGACUGUAUGUGGUUAAUCUGAAGGACAGAAAAUGCUGGUCAAAGACUUUGGAACGUCCUUUCCGCAAAGCCUGCAUCCCAUCUGAAGCCAAACCAAUUGGAAGUUACUACCUAGGGCUGAAAGACGGGUUCAAGGUAACAGGUUAUGACUUCAGAGGUAAAAGCAUCAAUGCUUUUGUUUCCGUGCAGCCUUUGGACAACAAUCAGUGUGUUCCUGUCACAGAGGCAGUUUAUGGAAGACUUAACAGAGUUGACUUUAUCCAGAACAUUGGAUUCAUCAAUGUUGCACCUGGCAUCAAGAAUGAAACAGUCUUUGAAAUUCCUAAAGAGUGUGAGAAGCAAGAGGAAUUCACAUUGGCUGAGGAGCUUACUCGUGAACACUUCAUCAUGGCCAUUUAA